AAAAUCCGCCCCGUCGCCGCCGUGCAAUAUAAAAUCCCAGCUCCGGUGCGAAGACUUCUGUGACUUCGAUUAGUUGCAUUCAUAGUCAAUCCCUCCAACUUUCUAGGGUUUCGAUCGAAGGAGAUGGCUUCCGCCAAGGCCAAGGAAACCGUUGCUUCCAAUCCCGUCGUCGUCUUCAGCAAAAGCUACUGUCCGUUCUGCGUGGAUGUGAAAAAGUUGUUGACUCAGCUUGGUGCUUCCUUCAAGGCUAUUGAGUUGGAUAUUGAAAGUGAUGGAAGCGAGAUACAAUCUGCACUGGCUGAGUGGACUGGACAACGGACUGUGCCGAAUGUCUUUAUUGGUGGCAAGCACAUUGGUGGCUGUGAUAAAACAAAUGCCGUGCACCAGGAAGGAAAGCUUGUUCCAUUGCUAACUGAAGCUGGAGCACUUUCUAAAGCUUCUUAGGUGUCCAAUUAAGCUGUUUGGUGAAGAAUAUGAUAUAUUAUUAAAUAAAGGGCUGGUUACUGCCUUGUUAAUGCCAGUUAUUGAUGUCCAUGUACUGUGAACUGCAAAAGUUUGCUAUUAGUGAAUUGAAUUUCUGAUGAUCAUGCAUUCAUGCGCAUAGAUUUCAA